AUGUCUCUCAAAUGUGCUUCAGCAGAAACACAACAUGUCGACUACUCGGACAGGGAGUCACGUCGAAAAUCAGCCAUCAAUAUCCAGUUAAUCGUCGCCUGUACAGUAUUCGGUGCCGCCUCAUUCCUGUUUGGAUUUGACGACAAGAUUAUCUCACCGGUUGCUGCAUUACCGGAUUUUGUGGGAAAAUUCCAAGGACCUAACCCAGUCACUGGGAAAUACGCUCUUACAGCUCGCAAUCAAAAUCUGGUCUUCUCCCUUCCAUUGGUGGGAUCCGUGUUUGGCGGCCUGCUUGCUUCGCCAUUGAAUUUCCACCUUGGUCGCAAAUGGCCGUUGAUUAUUGCAUAUUUCGUCUCUGUGGGUGGUGGAUUACUGCAGGUCUUUGCCCCAAACUUAGGGGCCUUUGUGGGAGGUCGCUCUAUAAAUUCGGUUGCCUUGGGAAUUAUAAAUGCAACUGCCCCUUUGUAUAUCUCUGAGGUGGUUCCCGCUUCUAUACGCGGAAGAUGUGUCAGUUCAAUGAACAUCCUGAAUCUAACGGCUGGCGUGGUAGGUACCGCGGUGGUCUUUAGAACGGAAAAGAUCGCUGGGAAUCUAUCGUACCAAAUUCCACUGGCUGUACAGUGUGCUCUGCCUGUGAUUCUCCUAUUUUUGACGGUGACCCUUCCAGAAAGCCCACAAUGGCUGGUCGGGAAGGGGAAGAUAGAACAUGCUCGACACAGCCUACGGAAACUGCGUGGGUCCAGCGAUGACGAGGUUGAGGAUGAACUCCGUCUCAUGAGGCUCUCUGAAGAAAGCGAGCGCCAGCUACAUGCCCAAACCAAGUUCUGGCAUAUAUUCCAGCGGCAGCACCUCAAGCGUACGCUGACUGCGGGCUCGUUCUUCUCUCUUAAUCAAAUAUCAGGCAUCAUUCUUUCAACAACAUAUACAACUGUCUUCCUGACAGAGCUGGGCAUUGCAGAUGCCUUCUCUCUGACAAUCAUCGCAUCUUGUUGCACAUUAGCAGGCACCAUUGCCGCACCAUUCGUCAUCGACCGUGCCGGUCGACGUCCCACAGCAUUCGUCGGAAUGGGGAUUCUGUUCGUAAUCGAUACCGUGGCCGGUGGCCUGGCCUUCAACAGAGGCAACAAGAAAGCCACUAUGGCCAUCGCCGCUUUGUCCUUUGUAUUUAAUUUCUUUUGGGCAUCAUCCUUCUUCUCACUAUCCAACCUCAUGCCCUCCGAAAUGGCAACUCCCAAACUCCGCCACCAUACCAUGGCUUACACAAUUGCCUGUGCGCAAACAACCGCCGUUAUCACCACUCUCGUCGUUCCGCAGCUAACUUCGGCGGAUGCGGCAAACCUUGGCGCGAAGACUUAUCUCAUCUUCGCUGGUUGUAUGGCCGGCAUCAUUAUGUUUUUCUACUUUUUCAUGCCGGAAACGCGUGGCCGAACUUUUGCCGAGAUCGAUGAGAUGUAUGCGGCUAAGAUCCCUAUGUGGAAGUGGAGGUCGUAUCGGACUUCAUAUGAGCGGAGAUCGCGUGCGUCAAAGGGUUGA